AUGGAGACCAGGGAGGACAAAUCCGCAGGGCAGAGCCUCAUCACCCACCAGCGGAUUCACAAUCAGAAGAGGCCCUUCCGCUGCCCCGACUGUGGGAAGCGCUACAAGCGCCACUCCAAGCUCGUCAUCCACAUGCGCAUGCACACAGCAGAGAGGCCCUAUGAGUGUCCCCAGUGUAAGAAGAGGUUUCAGACCAGCUCCACUCUCCUCCUGCAUGAGCAGAUUCACAAGGAUGAGAGACCCUUCUGCUGCCCCGAUUGUGGGAAGGGUUUCAAGCGCAACUCACACCUCAUCGAUCACCGGGCAUCCACACUGGGGGAGAGGCUGUAUGAGUGUGGGGAAUGUGGGAAGAGCUUCAGGCAGAAGUCCAACUUGAUCCACCACCAGAGGAUCCACACUGGGGAAAGGCCAUACAAGUGUGGGGAAUGUGAGAUGACCUUCAGUCGUAAGCCCCAGCAGAUCAUCCACCAAAUGAUCCACACUGGAGAGAGGCCCUACAAUUGCACCCAGUGUGGGAAGAGGUUUCAGACCAGCUCCAGUCUCCUCAUUCAUGAACGGAUUCACACGGAUGAGAGGCCCUUCCUCUGCCAUGACU